AUGGCAGCGAAAAAAAGAAAGUUUUCCGAAGAUUACAUUAAGUUUGGAUUUACUUUCAUAGAAAAAGACGAGUUACAAUUGCCUCAGUGUGUGAUAUGUAUGAAAGUUUUAAGUAAUGAUAGCAUGAGGCCCAAUCGCCUUGAAAGGCAUUUAAAGCAACAACAUCCUACUCUGCUUUUGAAGACGAAAGAGUUUUUUUCUUCUAAAGCAGAAUCACUCAAGCGGAUGAGAUUGGAUAAAUCGGGAAGUUAUCACACAGGUGUAUCGCAGCAUCUCAAAGCUUCAUUUGAAAUAGCUUUUAUGAUAGCAAAGCAAAAGAAACCUCAUACUAUCGGUGAAGAAUUAAUAAAACCAUGUGUCCUAAAAGCCACGCAGAUAAUUUUAGGAGAAGAUGCAGAGCAAAAAAUGAAGUCUAUUUCUCUUUCCAAUAAUACAGUCAAGCGUAGAAUCGAUGACAUUGCAGCAGACAUUAAGGCACAAAUAAUUAACAAAGUAAAAUUAUCGCCAUUUUUCGCCAUUAGUUGCGAUGAAUCCACCGACAUCGUUAAUUGUGCACAGUUAAUAGUUUAUGUUCGUUACAUCGGCGGAGAUAUCAUUGAAGAAGAGAUUUUGUACUCUCAAUCUUUGACAGCGGGUACUACAUCUGAAGAUAUAUUUAACUCAAUAUCAAAUUUUGUUGAAAAAAAUGAUUUGGAUUGGAAUAAGCUCAUUGGACUUUGCACAGAUGGCGCACCUGCAAUGAUAGGUGUACGAUCGGGCUUAGCUAUAAAGCUCAAGGAAAAAAAUCCCGCAAUGGGGUUCAUAGCAAAGCUUCAACUUUGGAAUAAAAAAUUGUCUUCUGAAAAUGUUAUAUCUUUUUCUCGGCUGUUCGAAGCAAUCAAAAAUAACAAACUAGACGCAAAUUUGGAAGCUGACAUAAAAACUCAUUUACAAGCGCUGGAAGACGAAUUUCGCCGAUACUAUCGAGACAUCGAUUCAGAGUCACCAAUAUGGCACAUGACAAGAAAUCCAUUUGUUGUCGAUGUGUUACAAUUACCAGAAGAAAUUCAGGAUGAAUUUCUAGAAAUGAAAGCUGAUUCGUCCAUGAAAGAUGACUUCCAUCUUUUGACAUUGGAGAAAUUUUGGAUCAAAAGAUUGCCUGUUAAUUCGAAACUUGCCUCUCUUGCUUUACGAGUACUAAUUCCUUUUUCUUCAACUUACUUGUGUGAGACAGGCUUUUCGGCUCUAGUUUUAAUUAAAACUAAACAGCGAAAUCGUCUUGAUGUUAGUAACGACCUGAUGAUAGCUCUGGCAAGAACAGAACCUAGAAUCAACCAACUGGUACAGAACAUGCAAGCUCAAGUGUCUCAUUAA